CCUCCAAGUCAUAAACAUAACCAAACAAAUCCUCUCAGUGCCGACUCAAUGCUGAGCAGCGUAUUUAAUCUUUAUUCCGAUUUUAAUUCCUUUUCUUGAUAAAUUUGUUUGUAGACAUACAUUACAUAUUUAAUGUAAAAUGAAAGGAACAAUUCAAAGAGUUGUGAAAGCCAGUGUUGAAGUCGAUGGACACCUCAUUUCAUCAAUUGGUCGAGGAAUUUGUGUGCUUGUAGGAAUUCAUAAAAAUGACACACAAAAGGAUAAGGAAUACCUAGCUCGUAAGAUAUUAAGCAUUAGAUUAUGGGAAGACGAAAAUGGACGGAAAUGGUCUCGUAGUGUUACUGAUAUGCAGUAUGAAGUAUUGUGUGUCUCCCAAUUCACACUCUAUUAUUAUCUUAAAGGAAAUAAGCCAGAUUUUAGAGCAGCAAUGCCUGGAGCACAAUCUCAAGAAUUUUAUAAUUCUUUUUUGGAUAUACUCAAAAAACUCUAUGAUCCUAAUAAAAUUAAAGAUGGACAAUUUGGUGCCAUGAUGCAAGUUAGUAUUCAAAAUGAUGGUCCAGUUACUCUUGAUAUUGAGUCCCCCACGGUCCGACAGUUUUUGGAGGAAGAAAACAGAGUUAAACUAGAAAAAAAAACUGAAGAGACUACCUCUCAGGCUCUGGGGGACCUAAAUGGAUAGCUAUUUUGCAAUAAAUUAGAUACCAAUCCAA